AUGUUCUCUGAUCGGACUAGAUAUUCUUCUGAUCGGAAUAUCUUGAAGAGAUAUUUGAAAAGAGCACUGAUAGCUUUAUCUAUUCUUGCCAUUUGUGGAAUAAUUGCAUUAGGAUUGUCCAGUUUGUUGUGGUAUUUAGUGGAAGAUUCAGCUUCAUCACCUCAAUCAGCCGCGCCUUCCACAACAAUAGCUCCAGUUAAAUGGCAAUUCAAGCAAUUUGUCAAAAAUGCGACUCUGCUAAAAACUCUCCCGUCGGCUGCUUCAUGCGGUAAACGAAUCGUUGGAUACUACACAGAAUGGGAAGCUCCAGAAGUGACAGAAAAUCAACUUCGAAAAUUGACUCAUGUCAUUUUUCUAUUCGCUGCGAUAUAUGAGGAUGGGAGUGCACAAUUUUGGGAUGAGCAUGGUGAGAGCAGAUUUCUGACUCUGAAAGAGAUGGCGAAGAAGUUGAAUACUGGUCUGAAAGUGAUGAUUGGAAUUGGUGGGUAUAUGGUAUCUCCAAGAUUUGGACCGAUUGUAUCAGAUUCGAAGUUGAGAAAGAAACUCAUCAGCGACAUCGCCUCUAUAAUUGAUGAGCAUGACCUUGAUGGUGUGGAAAUCUUUUGGAUAUUUCCCGGACAAACACAUAAGAAGUACUACUUGAAACUAAUUAGGGAACUUCGAGAGAAGUUGUCUCAAAUGGAACAAAUCAAAAACCGAGCAGAAGCGUAUAUCCUCUCGAUAGUCGCUCCGAAAUUCAAAGUUCAGUUGAAAAAUGGUUACGAUUUGAAGAGACUUUUGGAAUAUGCCGAUUUUAUUGAUGUGCUUACUUACGAUUACUUUAACAAACAGUACAGCUCGGAUCGGGGAGUGGCCGGACCAACGGCACCAUUAUACGGAGGAAACGGAAAAAAUAUAGAAGAAACAAUGAAAUAUCUUGUCUGCGAGACCAGAGAACCUACAAGGAUUAACAUGGCAAUUUCAUUUUAUGGAACAUUCUGGCACAAUCUAAAUGGAUCAUUGGAUGACGAUUCUGUAGAUAUUUGGACGCCUACUGAAUCGGAUCUACAUGCCGUCCGAUGGAGAGAAUUAGAAGGAGAUGGAUGGAAUAAGAGUUCUUCUUUGUGGCAUGACAAGUCAAAGAGCUCGUACAUUUGGAUUGAGGAGACAAAAACGUUUUUGGGAUUUGAAAACGAGAGAAGUUUGGAGGAGAAAAUCAAAUAUGCUAGAGAUAAAAAUCUUGGAGGAUUCGUAAUAUGGGCAAUUGAUCAGGAUGACGAUGAGAAUACACUUCUGAAUGUUUUAUCUCCAGCCAGUUUGUGUAAUGAGAACGAUAGGAGAACAGUUAAUUAUGUGUGCGAGAAUUGA